AUGCCCAAAGUUCGUACUCUUCGUUCGAAGAAGGCCCCAGAGGGAUGGGAGGAGAUAGAGUCGACGUUAAUGGAGAUCGACAGGAAAAUGAGAGAUGCUGAAAAUGAACCACACGAAGAUAAGAGGAAAACUGAGCUCCUAUGGCCAAUACAUAAACUCAAUCAUCAACGAUCAAGAUACGUGUUUGAUAUGUAUUAUAAAAAGAAGGCCAUCUCCAAGGAGUUGUUUAGAUAUUGUCUUGAUGAAGGUUGGGCCGAUAAACAGUUAGUGUAUAAGUGGCGCAAGCCGGGGGGACGACGUGCAUUUGCAGGGUACCACGAAGUCAACUUGGUGAGGGUAAAGUUGUACAAUGUGCCCAUUGUGGAUGCCGAGGAUGCGCUUCUGGAGAUCAAUGAUAUCACUGUACCUUGA